AUUGCGCAAUUCACAGGAACAUAAAACUACCGAGAGACCUCUUGUAAACGCACAUUCUGCUGCUGUGCUACGUUAAGUCUGAUCAUGAGAAGAUCUUCUGUACUGUUCCUGUGUAUGAUAGCUGCACUGACUUUUCAAUGCACAGUGAAAGCAAAUGAUGGACCUGUCUUAGAAACCAAAUUAGGAUCCCUGAAAGGGUCGUAUCUUACUGCGGAUGGGAAGGAAACACUGAUUCAUACCUACCUGGGCAUUCCAUUCGCCAAGCCACCCGUGGGCCCAUUGAGGUUGGCUCCGCCCCAACCGGCAGAAACAUGGGCUGGAGUGAGAGAUGCCACAAAACAGCCACCCAUGUGUCUGCAGGAGAAGCAGGCACUUGUGGAUUUGUUAGCGAAUGUUUCUAUGAGUAUGGAGAUUCCUGAGCUAUCAGAGGACUGCCUGUACCUCAACAUCUAUACUCCAUCUAAACCUGGAGACAAUACCAAGUUGCCUGUUAUGGUUUGGAUCCAUGGUGGAGGAUUCGUUAUGGGUUCUGCGUCGAUGUUCGACGGACACGUUCUGGCUGCUUAUCAGGAUGUAGUAGUGGUCUUAAUUCAAUACAGGCUCGGCUUACUUGGAUUUUUGAGCACAGGAGAUGAGCACGCACCAGGAAACUACGGUCUUUUGGAUCAGGUGGCUGCGCUUCAGUGGGUCCAGGAGAACAUCCACAGCUUCGGUGGAGAUCCUGGAUUAGUGACUAUAUUUGGAGAGUCUGCUGGUGGAGUCAGUGUGUCCCUACAUGUUCUUUCACCGUUGUCCACAAACCUCUUCCAUUAUGCCAUCGCAGAGAGUGGCACUGCGGCAAUGGAUGCUAUCAUGCCCCCAGCCCCCCUGUUAACAGCCCAGGGUAUAGCCAAUGCAUCAGGCUGUGAUGUUUCCACCACAAAGAAGAUUGUUGACUGCAUCAUGGAAUUGUCAGAAGAAGACAUCUUGAGGAUAACUCAUGAUAAUCCAUUGUUUCGUUUUGGAGUGACAACAGAUGGCCAGUUUCUUCCAAAAUCUGCAGAUGAGAUUCUUCAAUCCCACAAGUUCAACAAAGUGCCUCUCAUUACUGGAGUUACUAAUGAUGAAUGUGGCUUUCUGCUGCCAAAUUUCAUGGCAGGUCCAGGAUGGAUCGAUGGCAUGGACAGAGAGCCGAUCAUGCAGCUUUUGCCCAUGUUUAAUCCUGAUCUUUACGAUCCAUUUCUUGGUGAUAUCGUGUUAAAUGAGUAUCUGGGCACAACCAAUGACAGGAUUAAAAUCAGAGAUGGUUUCCGAGAGAUGUUAGGCGACUUAUUUUUUAACAUCCCAGCUCGCAGAACCGCAAAUUAUCACAGAGAUUCUGGUGCACCAGUAUACAUGUAUGAAUUCCAGCAUCCUCCCAGUAUACUUCAAAAGAGAAGACCGAGUUUUUCUGGCGUUGACCAUGGAGAUGAAAUUUUAUUUGUCUUUGGUUCCUGUUUUGGAAACGGACAUAUCAAACUGGAAGAAAAACUCACAGAGGAAGAAAGUGAACUUUGUGAAACUGUCAUGGCUUAUUGGGGAAACUUUGCUCGCACUGGGUCUCCUAAUGGUCCGGGUCUCACAGCAUGGCCUGAAUAUAAAGCUGAGGCUGAAUAUCUCGGCAUUGGACUGCAACAGAAGCCUGACAAAAAUUUUAAAGAUAAACAUUUUACUUUCAUGACCCAAAAACUUCAACCAAUCAUAAAAGAACGAAAGGAAGGACCUGUAGUUCAUACCAAAUUAGGAUCUCUAAGAGGCUCCCUCCAGUCCGUGAAGGGCAAGGAGACAAUCGUGCGUUCCUAUCUAGGUGUACCGUUUGCUAAGCCACCUGUUGGGCCGCUCCGACUGGCCCGACCCCAACCUGCAGAACCAUGGCAGGGAGUGAGAGACGCCACACAACAACCACCAAUAUGUAUUCAGGACAGGGAAGGACUUGUAAAUGAACUAGAGUUUUUUGCUAUGAGCCUGGACAUUCCUGAAGCCUCUGAAGAUUGCUUGUAUGUCAACGUUUAUACUCCAUCCAAACCUGGUCAAGAUACAAAGUUACCAGUUAUGGUUUGGAUUCACGGCGGAGGCUUUAGUUUAGGUUCAGCUUCACUGUAUGAAGGCUCAGUUCUGUCAGGGUAUCAGAAUGUGGUUGUGGUGAUGAUUCAGUACAGAUUGGGUCUGUUGGGAUUCUUCAGCACAGGAGAUGAACAUGCACCAGGAAACUACGGUCUUCUGGAUCAGGUGGUUGCGCUUCAGUGGGUCCAGGAGAACAUCCACAGCUUCGGUGGAGAUCCUGGAUCAGUGACUAUCUUUGGAGAGUCUGCGGGAGGAAUAAGUGUUCAUUUGCUGAUGCUUUCCCCAUUGUCCUCUGGUUUGUUUCAUCGUGCCAUAGCACAAAGUGGGACCGCCUUGUGGCACGGCCUCGAGACGACCAAUCCUUUACUGUCGGCUCAGGAUGUUGCCAGAUCAUCAAACUGUGACAGCAGUGAUUCAGCAGGCAUUGUGGACUGCAUCAUGCGCUGGUCAAAAGAAGAAGUUGAGAAAUACUCCAAUCAGUACAAAAUGCUGCACUUCAGGAUGGCUGUGGAUUCAUAUUUUCUGCCUCGUCCUGUAAAGGAGAUCAUUGAGAAAAAAGAGUUCAGUAAAGUUCCUCUUAUUACUGGCAUUACUGAUGAUGAAUUUGGCUUUUUAUUGCCCGUGUACUUUGAGGGACCAGAUUUUAUUAAGGGAAUGACUAAAGAACAAGCCACCGAAGCGUUGAAUUUCCCGUAUCCUGAUCCUGAGGAUCGAUGGAUCCGUGAACUGGUGGCAAACAAGUACAUAGGCGACGCCACCGACCCCAUACAAAUUCGAGACAUUUAUAGAGAGAUGAUGGGAGACGUGCUGUUUAAUAUCCCUGCUAUCAAACUGGCAAAAUACCACAAAGCCUCUGGAACCCCUGUAUACCUGUACGAGUUUCAGCAUACUCCAAGUGUGAUCAAGAAUAAAAGACCCGGCUUUGUUGGCGUCGACCAUGCAGAUGAACUUCUCUACAUACAGGGUAGCUGCUUCACGAAAGCCCACAUUAAGAUAACCGCCCCAUUUACCCAAGAAGAUGAAGAACUAUGCAGAACGGUGAUGGCGUACUGGGGAAACUUUGCUCACACUGGGUCUCCUAAUGGUCCGGGUCUGGCAGCUUGGCCUGAAUACGGAGCUGCGGGUGAACAUCUCGGCAUUGGACUCCAACAGAAACCGGGGAAAAACUUGAAGGAAAAACACUUCAGUUUUCUGACCGAAACACUUCCGGAGCUUGUGCGUCUCGGUCGAGAGAAAAAAGAGCAUUUGGAGCUGUAAACUCGUCCUGUUAAAAGGGACACAAGGCACUUAAAAACAACACUGCAAAAAUUGAUUUUUAAGAAAAAAAUUCUUAGCUAUUUUGUCUUGUUUUCAGUAAAAAUAUCUAAAAAAAAUUCUUAAAUUAAGAUUAAGCUUUUUCUUGAUGAGCAAAAAGAAAAUAAGUUUCAUUUUUAGACCAAAAAUAUCAAAUUUAAAGCAACACUAUGUAGUUUUUUUACCUUUAAAUAAUGUCUCUAAAAUAAUUUCAGUGAUAGAACAACUUUUAACUGGACAAAUUGUACUGUUGCUCCAACCUGAGCAGCCUCCUAGCUGCUACAUGCACACUCUGAAAGUGGUGGUGGAGGGUAGGAAACACAGCUCCGCCCCUCCCCCUGCCUGCAGAAGAGUGUCUGAUACCAGGCGCUGUUGCGCUUUUCAACCACAUGGGGGAGCUGUAAGUCAUUUUUACAUGGAAACUACAUAGUGUUGCUUUAAGUGAUUUUGCGCAAAAUACAAGCAAAAAAAAAAAAAUGCCAAUGGGGUAUAAGCAAAUUUUUCUUGAUUUUUUUCUUGAAUUUAGUGUUUUUGAAAAAAGGUCAAGAUUUUUUUGCUUACCCUAUUGGCAGAUAAUUUUAUUUUUUGCUUGUUUUAUGCACAAAAUUAGACCAAAAAUAUCAAAUUUAAGUGAUUUUGUGCAUAAUACAAGCAAAAAAAAAAAAAAAUGCCAAUGGGGUGUAAGCAAAUUUUUCUUGAAUUUUUCUUGAAUUUAGGGUUUUAGAAAAAUUUUCAAGAUUUUUUGCUUACACUAUUGGCAGAUAAUUUUAUUUUUUGCUUGUUUUAUGCACAAAAUCACUUAAAUUUGAUAUUUUUGGCAAGAAUGCGCAUAUUUAUUUAAGAAUUUUUAGAUAUUUUUACUGAAAUCAAAAAUACUUUUUUUUCUUGAAAGUCAUUUUUGCAGUGAAGGCACUGUUAGAUAUUUAGGAGGAGACACUAAAUAUAAGAAUAAAAAGUAAUGAGCCAAAUGUGAUUUUAAUCUUUUGAAUAGUUUGUAUUGUAAAGGGACAACAACAUGAAAGGGAAAUAUUCCCAUUGUAUGUAAGCUACAGUAUAUCUCGAUAUUAGUUUGUGGUUUGGUUUAGGAAGUGUUUUAAGCAAACUUUAUCCAACUCAAGAUUUGAGAUUUUAUCAACUGAUAUACUAAAAACAUGACCAAUUAACUUUGUGAAUGAAUCCGUUUUGCACUUAAAAAUAAAACACAUGGUCAGAAAACA